AUGAACAUUAAAGAUUACGCGCUAUACAAAACUGUAAUGGAAGCUAAGAAUUUUCCACUUCUUAUUCCUUCCGAUAUGGAUGAAUUAUCUUAUUGUGGUUUUAUUACCGUCAAGGGACAGGAACUAGCAUUUCAAAUCAAACUCGAAAAUAAUAGUGCUUGUCUAAAAAAUGCGAAACUUUACGGUAGUCCUGAACUAAAAAGGCUUAUAUUUGGUCAUGAAAGGGCUUUGCAGCAACGUCUCGAACAAUGUGCAAACUUUUCAGAGUUUUUCGUCGAUCUCAAAGAUUUACUUGCUGAGUACCUUGGCUUUUCGGAACCUUUAAUGACCAAAGAGAAGACCGAUCCUUCACCGGGUGAAAAUUAUUAUUCUACUUUGAUAAAUGAGCUUAAUUCGAUAGGAUGGGACAAAUUAGAGGCAUUUAAUCCUUCUUUGAAAAAUUUAUCAUUGAAGUUGAGCGAUUCAUCCGGUCGUCAGCAUAGUAUCUUUGUGUCUUUACCGUUUUCAUAUCCUAAAGCCUCUCUCAUCGUACACGCUGAGCUUCCAACUCCUAUAUCAAUGGCAUUAAAUCACAUGACAAGCCUUAAGGAUGUUGUGUCUUUCUACUCUAAAGAAUUAGAAAAGUUUCAAGAUGUUUGGUCAAUGCUCGAUGAUAUCGACAAACAUACUUGGGUUUUGGAACCCUGCAAACCUAAACGGAGUGAUUUGAUGCGUAGAAUCGCUUUGGGAAAUCAUUGCUCUUUACAAAUAGAACUGGAUGCUUCUUGUCCCAAAGGAGAAUGUCAAUAUCGGUUAUUCGACUUAACUAUUCGGAAAAACUUUGAAAACAUUCUAGAAAUAACUUUUCCUUCAGCGCAAACAAUUUCGACUUCGGAUAUCAAUAUAGAAUGUGGAAUUUGCUAUUCUUAUCGUCAUGAAGGUUCCUUACCUGAUCAAUCAUGUAAUAAUGCAAAAUGUGGUCAACCUUUUCACCGUUCUUGUUUGUAUGAACAGAUUUUUAUAGUGGCUGCGGUCUAUUCCAUCAACAAAACAAAGCUUCAAUACAUUCUUCGGGAAUUGUCCUUAUUGUAA